CAGCCAUGCCCCAGGCCGCCUGCGGGGCAGCAGCAGCGGCGGCCGAGGCCGGGGCGCGGGCCGGGGGCGCCGGGGGGCCGGCGGCGGCCCGGGCGGGACGAUGAAGCGGCAGAACGUGCGCACGCUGGCGCUCAUCGUGUGCACCUUCACCUACCUGCUGGUGGGCGCCGCGGUCUUCGACGCGCUCGAGUCGGAGCCCGAGAUGAUGGAGCGGCAGCGGCUGGAGCUGCGGCAGCAGGAGCUGCGGGCGCGCUACAACCUCAGCCAGGGCGGCUACGAGGAGCUCGAGCGCGUCGUGCUGCUCCUCAAGCCGCACAAGGCCGGCGUGCAGUGGCGCUUCGCCGGCUCCUUCUACUUCGCCAUCACCGUCAUCACCACCAUCGGCUACGGCCAUGCAGCGCCCAGCACAGAUGGCGGCAAGGUGUUCUGCAUGUUCUACGCGCUGCUGGGCAUCCCGCUCACGCUGGUCAUGUUCCAGAGCCUGGGCGAGCGCAUCAACACCUUCGUGAAGUACCUGCUGCACCGCGCCAAGAGGGGACUGGGCAUGCGGCGCGCCGACGUGUCCAUGGCCAACAUGGUGCUCAUUGGCUUCUUCUCGUGCAUCAGCACGCUGUGCAUCGGCGCCGCCGCCUUCUCCUACUACGAGCACUGGACCUUCUUCCAGGCCUACUACUACUGCUUCAUCACGCUCACCACCAUCGGCUUCGGCGACUACGUGGCGCUGCAGAAGGACCAGGCGCUGCAGACGCAGCCGCAGUACGUGGCCUUCAGCUUCGUCUACAUCCUCACGGGCCUCACGGUCAUCGGCGCCUUCCUCAACCUCGUGGUGCUGCGCUUCAUGACCAUGAACGCCGAGGACGAGAAGCGCGACGCUGAGCACCGCGCACUGCUCACGCGCAACGGGCAGGCGGGCGGCAGCGGCGGCGGCAGCGGCGGUGGCUGCGGUCUGGGCGCGGAUGGCAGCGCGCACACCACCGACACCGCCUCCUCCACGGCCGCGGUAGGCGGCGGCGGGGGCGGCGGCGGCGGCUUCCGAAACGUCUACGCCGAGGUGCUGCACUUCCAGUCCAUGUGCUCGUGCCUCUGGUACAAGAGCCGCGAGAAGCUGCAGUACUCCAUCCCCAUGAUCAUCCCGCGGGACCUCUCCACGUCCGACACGUGCGUGGAGCAGAGCCACUCGUCGCCGGGAGGGGGCGGCCGCUACAGCGACACGCCCUCGCACCGUUGCUUGUGCAGCGGGGCGCAGCGCUCUGCCAUCAGCUCCGUGUCCACGGGCCUGCACAGCCUGUCCACCUUCCGCGGCCUCAUGAAGCGCAGGAGCUCCGUGUGAGCGGCCGCGCGGGGCCUGGAGCAUUUGGGAGCGCGGGCUGGGCGGGGUUCCUGCCCGGAGGAGCAGCAGGGGUCGGCGAGGGGGCCACCCCAGCCGCCUUCAGCCCGUGGGCCACCCUACACAUCCCUCGCCACCCUCCCCGUCUCCCUCCACCCUUCUCCGACUGUGCCUGCUCGCACCAGCCAGCAGGAGCUGGGGCUCUGAGGACCCCUGGAGCCCCUAUCUGUGCCCUGCAAAUUCCGAGAAAUGUGAAACUUGGGGGGAAGGGAGGGGAAAGCAACCGCUGGGAACCUCCCAUCCCUUUAGAAAUCAAAGGAGAUCCCCGGUUCUCAGAGGCCCUGCUGGUACCCAGACAACCCCACCCCCACCUCCUCUGUCCGGAGGGAACUUCCCGUGUGUUCCCCAUCCGUUUGCAUCUCUAUUUAUACCUCUGUCCUACCGGGUCUCCCACCCUCCCUUGGCUCCAGAAGCCAGGGUGUCUUUGUCUAGGUCACCCCCACGCAGCCCACUGCCCUUCCUCAUCCCCUGUUGUGUCUCCCAAACUCCCACGACCUUCUGUGUUGUUUUGCAUGGCUUUGCAGUUAUGAGAAAGUGGAAACCCAGCAGUCCCUAAAGCUAGACCCCAGAGGGCAGGCAGACAGAAGCAAGCAAGGGUAGGCUGCAGGAGGGGCAGGGAAGGGAAGGCAGAGGCUGCAGCCCUCCGGUCUGCAGCGUGGUCCAGCCCUCAGGUGAGAACUAAGUGGCCUCCAGUCAGAUUCUCAGAGGGGGCAGGUGGAGUCUAGCCUUCCAGACACUCCCCCUGGAUCAGAAAGGUCUCUACUUGCCAUUCUGGCCACGGCUCAGCGUUACCAGCUCAGACAUAAUAAGUUUUGGAGUAAGUUUUAGCCUGUGAAAACCUUAUCCUGACUACUCAUCACCUGGGUCCCACAACACUCCAGUGAGGUCACCAGGGUAGGAGUUCUCAUCCCCCUUUUGCUGAUGACAGUGAGACCCACACAAGCUUUGGGACUUGCCCAAGGUGACACAGACAGCAAAAGGCGAAAGGGAACGAGAACCCAGGCUGCUCGCUCCCAGGCUGAGUGCUCAUUCCUCCCAGCUCCUCUGCCCGCCCGUGAAAGCAAAGCUCCCGCCCUGUACACUGGCGUCAGGAGGGCGCCUGGGGCCUAAAAUGGGCCCAGAACCCAGGACCGAGCCAGGAAGGGGGCUCAGCCUCUACUCUGUGGCCAAGAGGCAGGGCUCUGAACGGGCCCCUGAGGCAGGGUAGGACCCCUGAGUUAGACUGCCUGCUUACAACUAGGGGAGUCCUUGGGACCAAAGCAAGCAGGGUGGGGCCUCACAGAGAAAAGGCCGGAAGCUGGCGCUCCAAAAAUUUGGGAGUUGGACAGAGCAGCCUAGAGGACUAGCGUGGCGUGUCCUACGGGGACCUUAUCUCUGACCCCACAGCCAGUGUUAGUGCCUGUGUCCCAAGGCUAAAGAUGAGCUAAGGCUGCAGCAAAGAAUGCCCCUCCCAGGCGGGGGGCUUGGAGUUGGCGUGCCCACUGCCUGCCCCACCUGCAACCUGGAAGCCCAGACAGAGAGCAGCGGAUGGGGCCCCGCAGAUGGAGCUGGAACUGUGACUCAGGAUAGCAUCAGCGGUGGAUGAGGGGCUUCUCCCCCCUCAAUGCUGCCCUCGUGCUCUUCCCGCAUCAGCUCCUUGACACUGCUAAGCAAGGCCAGCCCUGGCACUGGGGAGAGCUGGAGCAGGGGGCCCACAGUGUGCUCAGCCUUAGCCCAACCCCGGCCACAUGCUCAGCCUCCCGGAACCCCGGGAGGGAGGACGUCUGGCCCGGCCUGUAUGUGAGUCCUGUCCCACUGUGGAGAAGCUGGCUGCCCACGUGCCAAGGAGAGCAGGGCCCAGGGCCCACAUGCCCUUUGUGUCUAUGCCGGAGUGGGGAGCAAUGCUGGCUGCCUCUGUCCUGUGUGUGACCCUGCCCUCGAGGGGUCCCGUCCUGUCAGUCCCGAGGGAGCCACAACCAAAGUUGCAAGGAGAUGGUGGGGAAGGAGGCUAAACGGCCCUGACCGAGCGGGCAGACCGCUCGGUCUCCGGUCUCUGGUCUCUGGCUGGGUCUUUCCCAGGGACCUGGAAGGCCAGUGUCGCUUCCCCCCGCCCCUCCCUCUGCAGGCAGCCUUUCUGCUUCCCCGAUGCCUUAUGCCUGGGCACACUGCCACAGAAUAUGCAAUACGUGUGGGUGACAUGCCCCCACGCCCACAGCCCCACCCCGGGCAGCCCCUGGACCCCAAAGGCUGCGGCUGCCAUGGCCUCCUUUUAGCCCCUCCUGCCUAUCUGUCUUCACACUGAGAAUGGCGCCUAAUAAAUGCUGUCCAUGGAGACCA